UGUUGGAACUGCUCCAGUUAGGGUGGGGAUUGUGGAGACAUGAGGACAGAGCUAGAAGAAACACUGUGAGGUAAACAGAGAGCAAUAGAAAGGAGAAAGAUCAGUCUGUUUUUGCUUCCAGUGACUAGAGAAUGAACAUGGCAAGCAGAGUGAUAUGUGGUAAGGGACGCACGGCCAACCCAAAGCUCUUCACCCCGGCCUUCUCUCAGACAGAUUCCAUCAGGAAAGGAGGAGGGAAGAGGAGGAUGUUCUCCUUUUCACUACGGUGUCGACUCGGCAUCAUCAGAGGGAGGACCAAAGAUGACGGGCCCUACUCUAAGGGCAACAAGGACUCUGGAGGGACCGACCAUGCCUCCAGGAGACGCAGUAUUGCAGAAGACUACCGGGGUGUGACCACCGUGGACCUAAUAAAGAGGGAGGGCAGCAGCCUGGGCCUCACCAUCUCCGGGGGGUCCGAUAAGGACGGCAAGCCCAGAGUGUCCAACCUACGGCCAGGUGGGCUAGCUGCCAGGAGUGACCAGCUGAAUGUGGGAGACUACAUCAAGUCUGUGAACGGCAUCAACCUGUCCAAGCUCCGCCACGAGGAGAUCAUCAGCCUGCUGAAGAACAUUGGGGAACGUGUGGUGCUGGAAGUGGAGUACGAAUUACCUCCCUUUGUCCAGAAUGCUCCCUCGGGUGUCAUAUCUAAGACCAUAGAGGUGUGCCUAUACAAAGAGGGUAACAGCUUUGGAUUCGUCAUGAGAGGAGGGUUCCAUGAAGACUGGCACAGGUCUCGUCCUCUGGUAGUGACCUACGUACGGCCCGGGGGUCCUGCUGAUAGAGAGGGCACACUGAAGGCUGGUGACCGCGUGCUGAGCGUGGAUGGGAUGCCCUUAAACCGAGAGAAGCACGCUGACACCCUCACUAUGCUGAUGCAGUGUAGCCAGGAAGCCCUGUUCCUGAUUGAGUAUGACGUCUCCGUCAUGGAGUCUGUGCAGCAGGCCUCUGGCCCCCUGCUGGUGGAGAUAGUGAAGUGUCCUGCAGCCAGCCUGGGUGUCAGCCUGGCUACUGCAGUGUACAGGAACAAGCAGGUCAUCGUCAUUGACAAAAUCAAACAGGCCAGUGUGGUGGAGAGGUGUGGGGCAUUGCAUAUAGGUGAUCUUCUCCUAUGUAUAGAUGGGACCAGUACUGAGCACUGUUCCCUGAUGGAGGCCACGCAGCUGUUGGCCCAAACCUCUGACAUUGUUAAAUUGGAGAUCCUGACAGCCAAUCAGAGCAGACUUCCCAUGAGACCUCAAGACACAGUGAAAGUGGAGAAGAGCAACCUUCACCAUUGGGACCCCACUGUUAACUACAGCCACACCCAACACUGCAAGACAUGGAGCAGUCCCAGCCACCCACUCAACCAGCAGGACCACUGCACAUCUCUGCUGUGUGGUGGCUUCUCCCCUUCCUCCACAGCCACCUCAGGGUACAGCAGUAGCCAGGGCAGCAGCACCCUACCUUGCCCCAUCCCAUCCACCAGCCCCCGUAGCACCACACAUAAGAGACGCCAGAGGAGGAAGGAGCACAAGAGCUCACUGUCCCUAGCAUCCAGCUCAGUGGGCCCUGGGGGUCAGGUUGUUCAUGUGGAGACCAGCGAGGUCAUCGUGAGGGGGGAUCCACUCACAGGGUUCGGGGUUCAGCUGCAAGGGGGUGUCUUUGCCACAGAGACCCUGACCGUUCCCGCAGUCAUCCGCUUCAUCGAGCCUGACAGCCCUGCCGAAAGAUGUGGGUUGCUGCAGGUGGGGGACAGACUCCUGUCCAUCAACAGAAUCCCUACAGAGGAUGGAACACUGGAGGAGGCCAAUCAGCUACUGCGUGACGCUGCUCUGGCCAAUAAGGUCACCCUGGAGAUUGAGUUUGAUGUAGCAGAAUCAGUGGUUCCCAGUAGUGGCACGUUCCAUGUAAAACUGCCCAAGAGGAGAGGAGUGGAACUUGGCAUCACCAUCAGUGCAAGCAAGAGACCUGACAAACCACUGAUCAUCUCUGAUAUCAGGAAAGGAAGCAUAGCCCACAGGACUGGUACGUUGGAGCCAGGAGACAGGCUGCUGGCCAUCGAUAACGUGCGUCUGGAGAACUGCACCAUGGAGGAUGCUAUGCACGUGCUUCAGCAGGCAGAGGACAUGGUCAAGCUCCGGAUCCAGAAGGACGAGGACAACGCUGAUGAGCUGGAGAUGUCUGGUUCCAUUAUCUACACGGUGGAGCUGAAGCGUUACAACGGCCCGUUGGGUAUCACCAUCUCAGGCACAGAGGAGCCCUUUGACCCCAUCGUCAUCUCAGGCCUCACCAAGAAUGGCCUGGCUGAAAGGACUGGUGCCAUCCAUAUAGGGGACCGUGUCUUGGCCAUUAACUGUGUGAGUCUGAAGGGGAAACCACUGAGUGAGGCCAUCCAUCUGCUCCAGAUGGCCGGAGAGACCGUCACCCUCAAGAUAAAAAAACGUCAAGCCGAAUCAGAUGUGCAGCAGAUGUCGGAGCAGGCAGGAUUCCUAAGCGACACAGAGGAUGAGCUGACUGACUCUCAGAAGACCAGUAAACAUUCAGGGGUGUACUCUGCCACCGUGCCCAGCAUGGACUCUGCCAUGAGCUCCUGGGACGGCUCCGGCAUCGACGCUGACUACGGCAGCCAAGGAACGUAUCUCCACAGAGCUGCAGAUUUGACUUUCCAGCCUAAUGAGUGGAGACGCACCAAACCACCCAGGACCCAACCCAACUCCAUCUCCACUGGCCUUACCGGACUUUCCCACCACUCUCACCUCUACGAUGGGAGAUACACUGAGGAUGACUGGGAUGCGGCUGCUGGAUACGCCAGCCCCCCUAGUUACCAUGGCACCCGGAAACAGGAGGAUAGCUUCUGGUCCCAGGCACUGCAGGACCUAGAGACCUGCGGCCAAUCAGAGAUACUCAGGGAGCUGGAGGCGUCCAUGACUGGCAGCACUCUCAGCCUGUAUCUGGAGGAAACGAGGUCCAAGGAUGACUCAGUGCUACAGAGCAGAAUCAGUCCUGUGAAGAGGGGUCCCAUUCAUGACGAGCCCAAAACCAAAAGCAACCUGCAGAGAUCAAACAGGACCAGGGACACACCACCCAGGGGGAGAGGGGAGCCCCAGGAGACCAGCUCCCCUACAACCCUGGAACUACUGAAGGUGACCCUGAGGAAGGACCCAGACUGUGGAGACUUCGGCUUCAGUGUGUCAGACGGCCUCCUGGAGAAGGGUGCCUACGUCAACAUGAUCCGACCAGAUGGUCCUGCCGACCAGGCCGGAUUGAAACCCUACGACCGCAUUCUGCAGGUGAACCGAGCAAGGACCAGAGACUUUGACUGCUGCCUGACCGUCCCCCUCAUCACUGAAGCAGGAGACAGCUUGGACCUGGUAAUCAGAAGGAACCCCCUGGCACAGGCAGAUAAUGGGCCGCCACAGGACUGCGAGGACCCCUCUGAUUCACUGUUGGACUUCCCAUAUUACAGGACCAACAGUAUCGCCCUGUGACCAAGGGCCAGGUGGGAGAUUAUGGAUUAAUAGGCACUGCACAUUAUACACACUGAUUUUGUUUCAUAUCUCUUGUACAGACACACACACAGAACCCCAUUCACACAUGAGCAUACAUUUGUAUGUGAAUAUUCACACACACACUGUCAUUCACACUGUGUGACCAGUGUUAGUCAGUCUAAUCAUGUGAUUUAGAGCAGAGGAGACUCUGUCAGGCUCCUAGGGCUGUUCUGGAAAAAACACAUGUCAUUACAUAACAGCUUCUGGAUGACAACACUAGCGUUGCUCAGUUCUGCAGAAAUCCUAGAGAAAUACUUCCAUCCCAGAGAAGCAGGUGUGUUUGGCACACCACCACAGCAUCUAUUUUUUAUUUUAUUUAUUGUGUGUUUAAUUGACCCUCUGUGACAUUUUGCUGGGUAUUGGUGCAGUUACAUGUACACACACACUUGACACACGAACGUGGGCACAUGCUGUGCUGGACUAUUAUUUAAGCCAUGGGUUGGCUGGCUGCCUUCUCUUUCCCCUCCUGGCCCACAUUGCCAACCCCAAGCAAAAACGGCUAACUAGCACCUCCAAAUAGAUAGAAUGCUAAACUGUCACUCACUGUUACUUGCCAAGCAUUGCAAAUAUUUCUAUUUUAGAUCCCCCCCACUCUAUCCUGAAGUCUAAAAUGUUUGUGAAAAUGGACUUGGUGACUCAGGUCCAGGUUUUAUCCCUGUUAUAAAAAGGCCAUCAUAUGAAGGACAAAUACUUACGAACGACUGUUUUAUCACACCUUCUACUUUGUCCACAACAAAAGUUACAUUUCAGAAUGUUUCUUUUUCUCAUUACAUUUCUCACCCUGUUAAAAGCUACUGGAUAGACAGGGCAGAAGUGUGUAAUUCAUACUUUUGGGAUCAGUGUUUUUGUUUCGCAAGGUUCUUGUCAACGGUUUUAUGUAAUCAAGUUCACUAUUUAUUUUACCAAGCCACACUUUUGUUGCUAGCAUGCACUAGUAGUUCACCUAAAUGAGAUCCAUGCACUGGUAGUUCACCCAUAUCAGAUCCAUGCACUGGUAGUUCACCCAAGUCAGAUCCGUGCACUGGUAGUUCACCCAAGUCAGAUCCGUGCACUGGUAGUUCACCCAAGUCAGAUCCGUGCACUGGUAGUUCACCCAUGUCAGAUCCGUGCACUGGUAGUUCACCCAUGUCAGAUCCGUGCACUGGUAGUUCACCCAUGUCAGAUCCGUGCACUGGUAGUUCACCCAUGUCAGAUCCGUGCACUGGUAGUUCACCCAAGUCAGAUCCGUGCACUGGUAGUUCACCCAAGUCAGAUCCGUGCACUGGUAGUUCACCCAAGUCAGAUCCGUGCACUGGUAGUUCACCCAAGUCAGAUCCGUGCACUGGUAGUUCACCCAAGUCAGAUCCGUGCACUGGUAGCUCACCCAAGUCAGAUCCGUGCACUGGUAGUUCACCCAAGUCAGAUCCGUGCACUGGUAGCUCACCCAAGUCAGAUCCGUGCACUGGUAGCUCACCCAAGUCAGAUCCGUGCACUGGUAGCUCACCCACGUCAGAUCCGUGCACUGGUAGCUCACCCACGUCAGAUCCGUGCACUGGUAGCUCACCCACGUCAGAUCCGUGCACUGGUAGCUCACCCAAGUCAGAUCCGUGCACUGGUAGCUCACCCAAGUCAGAUCCGUGCACUGGUAGUUCACCAAAUCAGAUCCAGGCACUAGAUUGACUCGUUUUAUCACUCAUGAUUAGAUUGUAUUGUACCACGAUUGGUGAUAGUCACAUUAUUUUGAAAAGCUUUGUCACCCACUAAAGGAGUGUUCCUUAUCAUAAACACACUACUUGAUUGUGUUGUUCAGGUCACAUCUCUUUAGAUUUCACCCUCAAUAUCAGCAUCUCCCAUGUGAGGCCAGGAGUUUGUCCUGACUAGGAAAAGCUCAUUGCUCUAGUCCUAUGUAUACACGUUUCAGAAGGCAUUAUACCAGAGUAGCAACUCUCAGGAGUCCAGGGUGUGGUUUCCCCACAAACAGACUCUUAAAUGGAUCACAUCCCCUGCCAAAUGUGGAAUAAAAUACAUUUCAAUUGAGAUGAGUGAUUUCCUUUAAAACCAUUUUCAUGUAUCCGUUAAGGCCCAUACUCAAAAAGGUGUGGCCUUGGAUUAGAGUAUUUUUCUGAACCUCCAUGGCUGUUUCUCCCACCCAUGUUGGUAAGCAUGUAGUUAUAGGAUUUAAUGCCCCACCUAGUAGAAAGCUCACAUUGUUCACAAGGGGGAAUUGUGGAACAUUUCUGCGCUGAACAAUUGCCAUCUCUUUCCUACUCCGUCAGACAGAAGGUUCCCCGGAGAUGUUUCCGUUUUAUCAUGACAUUGUGUGGUUUUAUAAAGCUCUUACAUAACAUGUCUAGCCCUGGCCUGCUUACCAAGCUGCCUCAGUGGAAAUAAGAUGAUUUGUUUAAUUUAAUGUAAUGGCUGGUGUAGAGAUGUAGUGAGACUGCAGUCACGCUGUCCCGUUCAGGGCUCAACUAUCUGCUUUUUAAUCCUCAGGAAGGAAACCAUGUUUUUAGAUUAUUUCAUCACACAUGAAAAAUGUCCCAUUUGAUACAGAGGACUAUGUUGUUUUUAUACAUUUUAUUUGAGGUGCUUCUGAAUAUUAGUCAGUACACGGUCUGUACAUGGUCUCCCUAUGUAUAAUGUUUUUAUUUGUAAUGACAUUCUGCGUGUGGUUUCUGUAUCUAAGAUGUGACUGAGUGCAGUAUCUGUUCUCUGUACAGUUCUUCUGUUUACAUGGUCCCCAGCUGCAGCCAAUCAUUGCUAUUUAAGUAGGGGGGGGGGGUGGAGUGAGCCAAUUUGAAGGAAUUUGUUUUGUGAGAUGUACAUGAAAUGGAUGAAAUUUUAUUCUUUAAAGAGAUUUCCUGCUUUUUAUGAAAAUAAAGAUAUGACUGAUGGGA